AUGUCUAUCGACUUUCCAAAGGAAGAGGAGGCCAUCCUCAAACGAUGGAAGGAGAUCAGGGCCUUUGAGCGCCAGGUCGAGUUAUCCAAGGGCAAAAAAGAGUACACCUUCUACGAUGGCCCGCCAUUUGCGACUGGAUUACCCCACUACGGGCAUUUGCUUGCGUCCACCAUAAAGGACAUCAUUCCUCGAUACUGGUCGAUGAAAGGCUAUCAUGUCGAGCGUAGAUUUGGCUGGGAUACGCAUGGUGUUCCGAUCGAAUAUGAAAUCGACAAAAUGCUGGGGAUGUCGGGCUCUGAAGCCGUUGAGAAGCUUGGUCUUGAGGCCUACAAUGCCGAAUGCAAAGCCAUUGUCAUGAGAUUUUCUACAGAGUGGAGGCAGACUAUUGACAGACUGGGCCGUUGGAUUGAUUUUGAUAAUGAUUAUAAGACGAUGGACACCACUUUUAUGGAAUCUAUCUGGUGGAUAUUGAAACAGCUAUUCGACAAAGGCGUUGUAUACCGCGGGUACAGAGUCAUGCCUUACUCGACCGCAUUGAACACACCAUUGAGCAAUUUCGAGGCUCAGCAGAACUACAAGGAUGUCCAAGAUCCUGCCGUUAUCGUUUCAUUCCCUCUACUCGAUGACCCCCAAACUUGCCUUUUGGCUUGGACGACCACGCCUUGGACCCUUCCAUCGCAUGUUGGCCUUGCAGUUCAUCCGGAUUUUGAGUAUAUCAAGAUUCAUGACGAGGCCUCCGGGAAGAACUAUUACAUUUUGGAGGCCCUAUUGGGGACUCUUUAUAAGAACCCUAAGAAGGCAAAGUUCAAGAUAUUGGAGCGCGUUAAGGGGUCUGAUAUGGAAGGAUGGAAAUAUGAGCCUCUCUUCGACUAUUUCUAUGACAAGUUCAAGGACCACGGGUUCCGCGUUCUUACUGCAACAUAUGUUACCGCUGACAGUGGUGUUGGAAUCGUCCACCAGGCUCCGGCCUUCGGUGAAGAGGAUUACAACGUUGCCAUGAAGUCCGGUGUCAUCAGCGGGGACAGGCUGCCUCCGAACCCUGUGGAUGAAAGGGGUCGAUUCACGAAGGAGGUCAGAGAUUUUGCGGGCAUGCACGUCAAAGAAGCUGACAAGGCCAUUAUUAAAUAUCUGAAGGGCACAGGCCGAUUAGUCGUGGAUAGCCAGAUCACCCAUAGUUAUCCAUUCUGCUGGAGAUCUGAUACCCCUUUGAUUUAUAGGGCAGUGCCUUCAUGGUUCGUCAAGGUCACACCCGUCAUUCCUGCCUUGUUGGAAUCUAUUGAGAAGUCAUACUGGGUUCCUUCUUUUGUCAAGGAGAAGCGGUUUGCUAGCUGGAUAGCAAAUGCACGAGACUGGAAUAUCUCUCGAAACCGUUAUUGGGGUACACCUAUCCCGCUAUGGGCCAGCGAGGACUUUGAAGAGAUCAUCGCUGUUGGAAGCGUGCAAGAACUGAAGGAGCUGAGUGGUUAUACCGGCGAAUUGACCGACCUUCAUCGUGACAAGAUUGACCACAUUACCAUCCCCAGCAAGAAAGGAAAGGGCACGCUCCGCCGCGUGGAGGAGGUGUUUGACUGCUGGUUUGAGUCGGGAAGCAUGCCGUACGCAUCUCAGCAUUAUCCAUUCAAGGACAAAGAGCAUUUUGAAGACAAGUUCCCCGGUGACUUUAUUGCCGAAGGUCUUGACCAGACUCGUGGAUGGUUCUACACUCUUGCAGUUCUGGGUGUACAUCUUUUCGGGAAAUUGCCAUUCAAAAACUGCGUUGUCAAUGGCAUCGUCCUCGCGGAGGAUGGAAAGAAGAUGUCAAAGCGUCUGAAGAACUAUCCGGACCCAGCCCUAGUUAUGGAGCGGUACGGCUCUGAUCCACUUCGACUGUACCUCAUCAACUCACCAGUCGUCCGUGCAGAACCAUUGAGAUUUAAGGAGUCGGGUGUUAAGGAGAUCGUUUCUAAGGUUCUGCUGCCACUUUGGAACAGCUACAAGUUCUUUGAAGGCCAGGUCGCGCUAUUGAAGAAGGUUGAAAACGUCGAUUAUAUGUUUGAUCCUAAGGCGGAGACCACAAACACCAAUGUCAUGGAUCGUUGGAUCCUGGCAAGCUGUCAAAGCUUGCUCAAAUUCGUGAAUGAAGAGAUGGCUGGUUACCGACUCUACACCGUGGUUCCGAGAUUACUUGAACUUAUCGACAACACAACCAACUGGUAUAUCCGAUUCAAUCGAAGACGUCUAAAGGGAGAACUUGGUUUGGACGAUACUCUGCAUGCCCUCAACACCCUUUUCGAAGUUCUUUACACUUUGGUUCGCGGGCUUGCCCCCUUUACCCCGUUCAUCACCGAUACCAUCUACCUUCGCCUCCUUCCACAUAUUCCGGAGGCGCUCCGAGGGGAGGAUAGCCGAUCAGUCCAUUUCCUUCCGUUCCCAGAGGUUCGAGAGGAGUUAUUCAAUGAGACUAUUGAGAGACAGGUAGGGCGCAUGCAGAAGGUGAUAGAACUUGGUAGAGUUUCUCGUGAGCGCCGAACCAUCGGUUUGAAAUGUCCUCUGAAGUCCCUAGUCGUUAUCCACAAGGACCAAGAAUAUCUGGAUGACGUCCGCUCGCUAGAGUCAUACAUUGUCGAGGAGCUCAAUAUCCGUGACUUGAUACUCUCAUCCGACGAAGCCAAGUAUAAUGUCCAGUACAGUGUUGAUGCUGACUGGCCGGUUCUCGGCAAGAAGUUGAAGAAGGACGUGCAGAAAGUGAAAAAAGCUCUGCCGUCUCUCUCCAGUGACGACGUGAAGAAGUAUGUUAACACUGGGAAGAUACUUGUUGACGGCAUUGAACUAGUCACGGGAGACCUUGUUGUGAAGCGAGGAUUGAAGCCAGACGAAGGCUCCUCUGAACUAGAAACCAACACUGAUGACGACGUUCUUACUAUCUUGGAUGCAGCCUUGUACCCUGACCUCGCAGACGAAGGUAUUGCACGAGAGAUCGUCAACAGAGUCCAGCGCCUUAGAAAGAAGGCCGGUUUGCAAGUAACCGAUGACGUUGGGAUGGAAUAUCGUGUCCUAUCUGAUCCUGAUGAGAUUGGAAUUGAAGCGAUAUUUGACAGGCAAGCCAAGGCUCUUGAAAAAGCGCUUCGAAGACCCAUGGACAAACAUGUCAUUACUGAGGUCGAAGGGAAGAUCCCUGAUGUCGAAGAGUCAGUGAUCAUGGAGGAAGUUCAAGAAGUGCAAAAGGCAAUGUUCCUGCUUCGGCUAGUCAAGAUAUAA